AUGUGCGAUGCGAAGCGCAGCCCUGUCGGGUCCCUCCUUGCCGUGUGGGACCGCGAUGUCACGGUAAGGAGCGAGUCCCCGCCGGGGCCAGGGGCAGCCCCGGGUACUCGUCCUGUCCCCGCGAGCUCAAAUGCGUCGCCAGGACGGGCAGGAGCGACGCGGGACUGGGAAAUAAGCGGCUUCCAGGAGCAGUUGCGGGGGGUCCCGGGAUGCGCUCUCGCCUUGUGCCCCUCGCGGCUUCGGCGAGCGCGUCCCCGCUGCAAAGUUGCCCCGCGGCGCUCACCGCGCUCGCGAAGUUAUUGUCGCCAGAUGAUGGGGACCUGUCCGUCAGGCGCCGGGGAAGUCCCCGUUUACUUAGGAAAUUGCACGUGUGACAAAGGCGGCCGCCGGAGUGUGGUGGCCGCCGUGAAUAGAGGGAGGGCAGCCCGCAAGCACCUGAAACCGCCGCUUAAACUCACGCCGCUUCUACAAAGCGGAGCCUGGAGCGGCGGGAAACGGAGUUUUGGGGGGGUCUCGUCGUACCAGUCUCGUCCUGUGGGCUCGUCGCGAGGGGGAGGCGCAGGGGGGCGACCCGGGCGCGCCGUCACCCGGGCGCGUGCGGGGGGACCAGUGUCGGCAGCGGCCGGGGGCGGGCUGCUGCGCGGGACGUCGCUGUCCAACUCGUUUAGGAUGAGGCUGAUGUCUAACAAAGUACCAGUUGUGCAGCACCCACACCAUGUACACCCUCUCACGCCGCUUAUCACGUACAGCAAUGAGCACUUCACACCAGGAAACCCUCCUCCACACUUACCAGCCGACGUAGACCCCAAAACAGGAAUUCCAAGGCCUCCACAUCCUCCAGAUAUAUCUCCUUAUUAUCCGUUAUCACCGGGCACUGUAGGACAAAUCCCCCAUCCGCUAGGAUGGCAAGGUCAGCCCGUGUACCCGAUCACGACGGGGGGUUUCCGCCACCCUUACCCGACAGCCCUGACUGUCAAUGCUUCCAUGUCAAGGUUUCCUCCACACAUGGUCCCGCCACAUCAUAGUUUACAUACAACUGGAAUCCCUCAUCCGGCCAUAGUCACACCAACAGUCAAACAAGAAUCUUCCCAGAGCGACGUCGGCUCACUCCACAGCUCAAAACAUCAGGACUCCAAAAAAGAAGAAGAGAAAAAGAAGCCACACAUAAAGAAACCUCUUAAUGCUUUUAUGUUGUAUAUGAAGGAAAUGAGAGCAAAAGUUGUAGCAGAAUGCACAUUGAAAGAGAGCGCAGCCAUCAACCAAAUCCUCGGUCGGAGGUGGCACGCGUUAUCCAGAGAAGAACAAGCGAAAUACUAUGAACUAGCAAGAAAGGAGCGACAGCUUCAUAUGCAGCUGUACCCGGGCUGGUCUGCACGGGAUAACUAUGGAAAGAAGAAGAAGAGGAAAAGGGAUAAGCAGCCAGGAGAGACCAAUGAACACAGCGAAUGUUUCCUAAAUCCUUGCCUUUCACUUCCUCCGAUUACAGAUGCAAAUACUCCAAAGAAGUGUCGGGCAUUGUUCGGGCUUGACCGACAGAGUUUAUGGUGCAAACCAUGCAGGAGAAAAAAAAAGUGCGUUCGCUACAUACAAGGUGAAGGCAGCUGCGUCAGCCCACCCUCUUCAGAUGGAAGCUUACUAGACUCUCCUCCUUCCUCUCCCAACAUGCUGUCCUCCCCCCCCAGAGACUCGAAACCACAGACUGAACAAACGCAACCCCUCUCGCUCACGUUGAAGCCCGACCCGCUGGCCCACCUAGCGCAACCUUCGACGUCCUCCUUGCAUUCCCACAGCUCGCUGACAGGGACGCAACCGCAGCCGCUGUCCCUCGUAACCAAGUCUCUAGAAUAGCUUUAGCCUUUAGCCCUUUCUCUGGUG